GGACGAUGGUUAGUAAAGGGAUAACCUACUGUUGGGGGGCACAUAAAGGCCCAAGUGGGUAGCCCAAAAGGCCAACGUGGGCUUGGAGUGAAGGCCCAGCAAAGGGAAAGCCCCUCUUGUUUGUCAUCUUUCUCUAUUACAUUUGUACUGUUUAUAUGACUAUUUUUGUAUAUAUUGUAAUUUUCUUUUGUACUGUUUGUUGGUUUUCUUUUGUAAUUGCAGCAUAGUAAUCCUACUGUAACACACGCUAAAGUUGAUCAUUGUAACAUUUGCCAUUUCUCCAAACACAAAAGUUGAUCAUUGUAACAUUUGCAAAAUGCGAUCAGUGAGUUGAAGCAACUACGGUAUCUCGAUUUCGCUCUUGUCUUGAUGACCGAGAUUCCUGCUUCCCUCACCACCCUCGUAAACCUUCAAGUGCUUAACAUGUCCAACUGUACGUUGCUUGAGCGACUGCCUGGAGACAUAGAGAAGCUGGUCAAUCUGAGGCAUCUUUACUUGGACGGCUAUGUCAAGCUGACUCACAUGCCAAAGGGGAUUGGGAAGCUUACUUCCCUUCUUACAUUGGACUUGUUCAUCGUGGCUGAUCCAAGUGAGUUUGGUGGUGAGGUUGUUGCUGUGUUGGAAGAGUUGAGACAACUCAACUUUUUGGGUGGAGAGCUGACAAUCAAAGGCGUGGGUAGUCUCCUAAAGACGGAUGGUUGUGAUGACCAGAAUCAUUUUUUAAAAGAGAAGAUGAAUCUCAAGUCACUAACGCUGAUAUGGGAUUAUGGACCUCAGGAUGUUGUUGCUACGGAAGCCUUGCUGGAAAGGCUCCACCCUGAGAAGAAAUUGAGUAGAUAGGGUUUUGUGGAAGGAUUCUCAACGGAGAGCUCCUUGGUUUUGCAUUUCCAUUUAUAUACAAAGCUGCACAGAGAAGGUAAAGUUGAUUAGCAACGGCUAAUCUACAGUAAAAACUAAAAACUCAAACUAACCAAUAAAACCUGUACAGCUGGCUAACUAACUUCUAACAGAGAUUAAUUAAAACGGCAGCGGCUUGGAGCUCCACGCUUCUUCAGGCAACGGAACGGCAACGUUUCACUUCGAUCCUUGUUUCUGGAUAGGAGAAGAACGGCGUCGUUCCGAUUUGGACUUGAUCUGCACUUCGUGGGAAGCUUGCCUUCUUCCUUACAGCAGCAGCUUGAUGCAGAGCGAUCAAAUGAAGUCCGAGCUGCUGCUGUUGGUGAUUCCAAUCAUCAUUCCAAUACCCCCUCCCCCCCCCCCCCACAAGCUGGCGAAGGUCUUCCAGAAACUCCCAGCUUGGACAACAGAAGGUUAAAACGAUCUAUGCCCAAGCUUUUGGUAAAUAAAUCUGCAAGCUGAUG